UUGUCAACAUGGCAACUCGAUGGGGACUCUGUGGAGCUGGAAAGAUCAGCCAUGAUUUUAGUGUGGCCAUUAAGACUCUGCCUCCGGGAGAUCAUCGGAUUGCUGUCAUUGCAUCGAGGAGUAUUGACCGUGCCAAAGAUUUUGCCCAGAAACAUUGUAUUCCUAAGGCCUAUGGCAGCUAUGAGGAGCUGGCCAACGACCCAGAAAUUAACAUUGUAUAUCUGGGAGUGCUGCAUACAGAACACUGGAGAGUUGGCAUGCUAUUCCUCAAGGCUGGGAAAAAUGUGCUGUGUGAAAAACCCUUUGCUAUGAACUCCAGAGAGGUGAAAGACCUCGUUGCCACAGCCAAGAAAAACAAUGUCUUCCUGAUGGAGGCCAUCUGGUCCCGCUGUUUCCCUGUGUAUGCUGAGGUGCGCAGGCUGCUGGCAGAGGAGGCGGUUGGGGACGUGAAGCUGGUAAAAGCCUACUUUGGCUCCCCUCGGCUCAAAGUGCCUCGCUCAGAGCAGAAGGAGCUGGGUGGAGGAGCUCUGCUGGAUAUCGGAGUGUACUGCCUGCAGUUUGUGUUGAUGGUGUUCAAUGGUGAAAGGCCAGAGUCCAUCCAAGCCACAGGGGUGCUGCUUGACUCAGGAGUGGAUGAAUCAGUGGUUGUGACGAUGAAAUUCUCCAGGAAGAGGAUGGCCUUGUGUGCCUUUUCAAUUGCAGCCCGACUUCCAAAUGAUGCUGUCAUUGCGGGCACUAAGGGUUCCAUUAAAGUUCUUGGCCCCAUGCACUGCCCCACCAAACUGGUGGUGAAUGACAAGGAAACAGAGUACCCUCUGCCUGAGCCAUGUCUCCCUCUGAAUUUUACCAACAGCACCGGGCUGCGCUAUGAGGCAGAAGAAGUGAGGCAGUGCCUGCUUAAAGGACUUAAGGAGAGCCCACGGAUGCCUCUGGCAGAUUCUGUCUUGCUGACGGAGAUCAUGGAUGAAAUCAGGAAACAAGUAGGAGUUGUCUUUAGCCAAGACAGCCAGUGACGCCACUGCCAAGCAGAGCUGUUUCACCUGACCAAAUCCUACUAAGAUGUAACAGAAGAAGCUGUGGGAUGUACUAUGAAGGAAGUUCAACAUAGCCAGGGUUAUUUUGCAAUGGGUGGCUUGACAAAACCUAAAAUCUAAAACCCAGAGAAAAUGCAUAUCACAACAGUGUUUCACAGCUUUUUCUGCUAAGCUAAGCUUUCUGCUUCACAUUCACAUGAAAAGGACAGGUUUAGCAACACAUGACUUUUUUCUAUAUAAAAUUAUCCCUAUAACUGCCUCCUUCUCUAUCUUUUGCCGGGUACCAGGAAGUUCUUGGGCGCCUUGAACCCUGGGACCCUGAGCUUGGCUCGUACCAAGGUGGCCGGCCUCUAGCGGGGUUGGGUGCCCCCUUGGGCGUGGGUGCCCCAUUUAAGGCCUCCCUCCUCCUCCUGGGAUGGGCAUGCAGAUAUAGGUGAGAUGUGUGGCCUUAGGGCUUCAGUGCUCUUGGGGGCUGCAGAUGGCCCUGUUCUCCUGGACUGCCUGCCUCUGGCUCCUGGGGGGUGUUAUGACAGCUUCCUACCCCAUUUUCAAGUACAUUUUGUGACAAAGACACACUCAAACUCAACACUCUCUCUCUUUAUCUUUCUCACACUCACACACUCCACAAGAAGAUUGUUAAUUUAUGUACCUGUGCAUUUUUGAAUGUUUGUGUUCCAGGUGUUGUAUAUUUGUUUUUCUUACAGGUGCAGCAGUUGGCAAUACGUUGUGCAUUUGUAAUCUAUCGCCUACAGAUCAUAAUUCUGAUUGCAAAAGCUGCCAGGCAGGACAGGAGUUUUUUUUUAAUGAGCAUGAUUCUUUCAUUAGUGUCACUUUAUGGGCUCAGAAACAUUUCUAAAUCACUUUAUG